UUCGUCUGCUCUGGAAGAUGUUAUAACCGAGUAGAGGCAGCGAAAACGCGACGACGGAAGGAUGUAGGUGAUGUAUGUAUUGUUGCUGUGAGCAAGACAAAACCUAAAUCAAUAAUCAUAGAAGCUUACAAUUGUGGUCACAGACAUUUUGGAGAAAAUUAUGUGAAUGAACUUGCAGAAAAGGCCUCCGAUUCGGAAAUUCUGGAGCUGUGUCCUGAUAUAAAAUGGCAUUUCAUUGGGCAUUUGCAGAGUAAUAAAGUUAACAAGCUGCUAGGUGUUCCAAAUCUAUACAUGCUGCAGACUAUUGAUUCUAAAAAAUUGGCUGAUGCUGUAGACAAGGCUUGGGCAAAAAAACAGAACGUUGAUUCUCUGAAAAUAAUGAUUCAAGUCAACACCAGUGGUGAAGAAAGCAAAAGUGGAAUAUCUCCUGACAAGCUAUAUGAGCUUACUCAACAUGUAAUUGGAAACUGUCAUAAUCUAAGUUUAGUUGGUUUUAUGACAAUAGGGUAUGCUCAGUAUGAUUUGACUCUUGCACCAAAUCCUGAAUUUUUAGCCUUAGCAAAUUAUAAGGAAAUAGCCUGUCAAAAAUUCAACUUGGAUGCCAACACAUUUGGUUUGAGCAUGGGAAUGUCACAUGAUUUUGAACAUGCAAUUGAAAAUGGCAGUACUUUCGUUAGAAUAGGAAGCUCCAUUUUUGGCUCAAGGGCUGUGAAGACUCAGGAAGUUAUGUGACAGGAAUCUUUUGAAUGAAACUGAAUAAUGAUGAAAAUGGCACCUGUUUUUUUAUAUAUCAUGGAAAUGAGUUGUAUUUUGAUGGCCUAUUUGAACAGCUUUUAAAGAAAACUAAUGUUAUCAAUGUUCAUUACACAAACUCAGUUGCUCAAUUAUGUAUAUACUUGCAUUCAAGAUAAACUGCAGAAUUAUAUUUAUUUUGUCAGCUCCACACCACAACUAUGAAUUUGCAUUUAUACUUGCCAGCAUUUUCUGGGUUGUUUUUUACUGUUUUAAAUCAUGCUGGAAAAGAGAGAUGUACAUUUUCUGAGAUUCGUAUAAAAUAUAUGUUAUUAAUUUUUAUUAUUAUUCAACAUAUUUAACCCUCAAGUUAACCAUAAGGGCAGGUAUCAUGAAUAAUCGUGAGUGGGUGUAUUUGUAUCCAUAUUGGAAAUCUGUGUUUGUCAUGUAGUUUAAGCUAUGCUGCUACCAUUGCUUCCAUAAAAACCAGUCGAAACAAUACCACCAUGACCAUAUUCAUUCUUAUUUUGAAUGAUGAUCCCCAGCAUAAAAGGGUUCUUUCAAUUCUUUUUGUACCCUCAGUAUCUGGAGAAGACUUCAGGACAGCAGAAUGUGUGUCUCCAUUCUGCAAAAAUAUUAAUGGCUUGCUGCAGGAUCCCAAAUAAUACAUUUUUAAUACGGAAACAGUGUCCAUUAGCCUUCAUUGUAAUCAGGAUAUCAAAAGCUUUAUGUAAAUGGCAUAACUCGAUUUUCCUUAGCGUGUCAGAUAUUUAAUGUUUUUCCUCAAAGAAAGAUAUGGUUUUGGUGUGAUGCUGAAAUUUUAUACUGAAUGUUAGUAGUUUCGUCCUCUUUAAUUGCAGCAUUAAGUAAAAUGUUUUCUGAUAUAACCCAGCAGAAUUGUGUACUUGUAGUCUAUAUUCAGAUUAAAUUCAGAAGUUAUCUACAUUUGUUGUAAAUAUUAGAAAAUCUGUUUCAGUAUAACUUAAGUAAUCAAAAUAUAUAGAUUAUAGCAUACAUAAUAUAAAUUUAAAAUAUGUUGUGUGUAGUCUAUGUCAUUGUAUACAUUAAAGGAAACUUGAUUUCCUUAUUAGUAAACAAACAUGUAAGCUAGAUGAUUUUAAUUCAUUACUGCAUAAUACUUUUAAUUUCAAAUGAAAAAUAAAUAGCUAAUGUAAUUAUAAAAGAUUUACCAAUCAGACUUUUAAAACGCCCCCCAAAAAAGUGUUAAUAAAAUUUCAAGUAGUCUGCUGAAUGUUUCAAAACUGAUAAGUGCAACACAGAACAAAUAAUUUCUGUACCAGAUCUUAUACAGUAUGUAAUAAUAUAUUAAAGUAGUAGUGUGUAGUUAUUAAUUUCUUUCAAUUGAUUUUGUAUAUUUGUGUAGUGUCAGAUUAGAUCAUUUUUCAUGUGAUUCGAAAGGCAUCAAAUUAUUGGUUAAAAACAUUCAGUUCCUUUCCAAGCUGUGAGAAGAAAAUGUAAACAAAGAAUCCCCCCCAGUUUACUGAUUUAUUGGAAGUGUCUUUUUUUUAUCAUUUACCUCUCUAUUAUGAAUUAAGUUAAUUUUAAUUGUUUGGAAUUUCUCACAUAUUCGUAGAAUAGUGACUUCAUGUGGUUUUUUCUUAUUUAUGUAAAAUAAAAAUAAAUGGAAACGCAUUAAAACCGUCUCAGCGGCGUGAGAUUUUAGAUCUAUCAUGAAGACCUGUAUUUAAACUGCAUUUAUUAGCUGAAUUUGUAAAAUUAGUUAUUUUGGUCUCCAUUUUCAUAAACUUAGAUUCAUGAAGAUGAUAUUUACAUUAUUAAAGAAAGUAAGAAAACAAAAUAACCUAAAUUAUAAGCUAAUAUUUGUCAAAUGAUAAAAAAAUUUGAUGACCGGAUAAUACUGAUCAUGGCGCGUAGAGGGUUAAAAGUUAAAAUUAAUUUGUAGCUAUUCUAUCCUAAUACGUGUAAAAAAUUUUUUUCUAAUGCCUAUUAUUUCUAUACAAAUUCUAUACAAAAUUUGGGCCAAGCACUUUGCUUUUCAUUGUGUAAAUCACAAGUACUCAUUAAAAAGUACACCUGGUUUAAACAUUUUGGGGGAUGGGGCAGAAUUCAGUUAAUGUUUUUCUUGCAAAAUUAUAUCAGUGAUUAAGAUUCAUAUAAGUUUUUAGUUUUAAAAAUAAAUUUGUGUCUGCAUAGAAUACACUAAUCUCAUUGUAUGUACUACUCAUUUUGUUUUUCAGUUGAACUUUGACUAGAUUAGAGUUGAUAAAUUGUCAGUUUCUGAGUUGCUGUUAAUUCGACAGUAUUUUUAAUGAAGAUUUAAAUCAGUAUAUUGAUUUCUAUUGUUAUAUAAAUUUGUGCAUUUGUUUUAAAUGUGAUAUAAGUAUGACUUGCAUACUUCACAAAUAUAUGUAUGACUUUGUAUUUAAAAAUUAACUAUUUCUGUGAAUAUAAGCUGAUAAAUUCAUCUUUAUUUAUAUAAUUUGGUCUCAGGAAGAUGUGAUGAAAAGUGUUCUUUGUGUAGAUUUUAAUUAGAUUUUUGUUAACAUUUUAUUAGCAAUUUGUGGUUACUUUUUUUAGUUUGAUUAAAAUAUAUUUUUUAUGAGAAAUGUAUUUUUAAACUCGAUGUUCAUUAAUUUGACAAUGGUACUAUUAUGAAAUACUCCUUUUCAUGUGCAUUUGUAUUUAAUUUUCUCUCUUGCUGUAUUUCAAUUAAUUUUUAUACUAUCAGAUUUAAAAAAUAUGUUCCAGAAUUAAGAGAUUAAUUGGAGGAUAUAUAUAGUGUUAUGUAAAUUAAUUUGUCCAUUUGUUUUAAAUGUGAUAUAAGUGUGACUUACAUGCUUAUAAAUUAUAAAAAUAUAUGUAUGAUUUUGUUAAAAGUUGACCAUUUCUGUGAAUAUUGUUGUAAGGUGAUAAAUCCAGCUUUAUUUAUAUAAUUUGGCCUCAGGAAGAUGUGAUGAAAGUUCUUCUUUGUGUAUAUUUUAAUUAGAAUUUGUUAAACUUUUUAUUAGCGGUUUAUGGGUACUUCUUUUGUUGGAUUAAAAGAUAUUUGUUAUGAGAAAUAUAUUUUUAAACUCAUUGAUCAUUAGUUUUUGCUGUGUGUUUGACUGUGGUACUGUUAUGAAAUCCUCCUUUUUGUCUACGUAUGUAUUUAUUUCAAGUUUUCUUUCUUGCUGUAUUUCAAAUAAUUUUUAUACUAUCAGAGUAAAAAAUUUGAUGACCGGAUAAUACCGAUCAUGGCGCGUAGAGGGUUAAAAGUUAAAAUUAAUUUGUAGCUAUUCUAUCCUAAUACGUGUAAAAAAAAUUUGUUCUAAUGCCUACUUUUUGCAUGCCCACAAAUAUAUCUUGUCUUUAUACUAUGUUUUGUUAUGCUUCUCAAAGAAUGAGGGAGAAUC